AUGAGGCCUACCAAGUGCAAGGCCGCCAUUUUUUGGGCUGCAAAGGAACCCCCAGUUGUCGAGGAUGUUGAGGUUGACCCACCAAAAGCAAAUGAAGAAUCAAAAUGUUAUACACGGGAUUUGCCACACGUAGAACUCGUUGGACAAGGUGCAACAGAUGUUCAACCGGUGAGGGCACUAGAAGUAUCGAGAGAGACCAGAAACGAGAGGGGCAGCGGAGUUUCCCAAUUGAGGGAGGAACAGGAAAGGGACAUGCACCUUGAGGACCAGGUGUCAAGAGGCUGCACUGGCUUGACUGGAAACGCAGCAAGGCAAAGACCUGACACUGAAGUUGCCAAAGGCAGCGGAAUACAGAAAGUAAGGAAUCAGUCCAGAACCAAGAUCAUGCUUCAGGAUGAUGCUUGGCGCGGCGGAAAAGGAAAGUGGGUUGCAGAGAACGGUAUUUAA